AUGUUUUCAUUUGUAGCAAGAAGACUUGCCAAGAACGAUGCCCAUACGUUAAAGGCAUUGAAGAUUAAAGUAUCAUACACCCCUUCUGUAUUAGUAGAGGAAUUGUCAUUUGUGUUCGAGGUCAAAGCGUGGAUGGAGAACUCCAUGAAUUACAUAUCAGGCCACAUCCACCAAGCCGUUUUCAAAAUUCAAAACGACAACGGUAACUCCAAGCUGUUUUACGAGAAGUGGUCCACCUCAGCUGUCUGGCGGCCUGAUGGCGGGAUACAUCUCAUCUCGCCCAUAUUAAGAGGAGGUCCCAAGCUUGUCAAACCGAACAGUCACGAUGGCGUGUACCUUGACAAGCUUGAAAUGGACCUCCCAAAAUACGCCAUGAAAUUGCAAGACUCAGAAAUAGUAUGGUAG